AUGCCGCAGAGGUCGAUAUGGCUCAUGCUGACGAAUGAGGUGCCGGAGUCGGAGAUUGCGGCGGCUGCUCUUCGCGACUUGCUGGCCAAACACCAGCCAGAACUGGCUCCACGACUGGCGCGCCGUCUGGCCCAGUUGCCGCCGCAACAUGUCACAGCUUUGUUGGCCGAAGGUGCUGCUGCUGACUUGACUCCCGCCUUGCGGGAGGUCAUUGACGUGGCGCUGGCGGAGGAGCUGGGCGAGGGGGGGCUACAAGAGGUCGCCCCUCGAGAGCCACGGCGGCUCUCGCCACGGCUGGCUCGAGGUUCGCCGACGGCACAGGGCCGGGCGACGGCGGCGACGACAAAGGAGGGCAGUUUGCUGAUGCGCGUGGCCUCAAUCCAGCCAGAGAUGGCGAAUGACCUUGCCAGGCUGAUCGAACAGGAGGGCCAGGAGUGCGUGGCCCGCUGUAUGGCCUCAGACUUGGUGCUGAAGCAACAGGUGGAGAGGGCAUUGAAGCAGCUCUUUACCGAGGAGGAGAGCCAGGAGCCAGACCAUGUCAGCCGUGGACACGUGCCGGGUGUGAGGCCCGUUGAGAGACAGCCCCUGGUAAAGCAGGGCCGCUCGAUCAAAUCCUCUGUGUCGCAGGUACCACGCCAGAUCAUCAGCUCUGUUGAAGCUGAGAAGACAUGGCCGGCACCACCAGUGGCUCCGGUGACGUCGGAAGUGGUGACGCAGCGAGGUUACCAAGCUGGAUCGCAAGGUCCAGCUGAAAAAAAGGGCCGCAUUUGGGGUCUCCAGGACUUUCUCUCCGAGUUGGGUCUGUCCGAGUACGAGGAGGAAGUCGUGAAGUGGGCCAGUGACAUGAGCGCCAUAUCUUUGGAGGAAUUGGUGGAGAAUGCUCAGGACCUAAGCGAGGCAAUAGGUUUGAAGCCGUGGGAAGGCCCAGAAGGCUGGAAAGGAAGCGGCUUGAACGCCAUGGACCGCAGGCGAUGCGACAGAUCGUGGCCCAACGCCCGCAACGCCCGCAGCUAUGCGCAGCUACGGUCGCCACCCGCGGAGUGCCAUCUGCACCCUCACCAGAUGAGCUGCCGACGGGGCUCUUCCAACGCUGAGUUCUAG